UCUUUCAAAACACUCUGACGGCCUACUGUGUAAAGACCGAAAGCGAAAAGCAAACAACUAUGAGCGGAUCCCCGAAAGCCUCCCUCCUUCAGGAAGAAGAAGACCGCCGUCCGCCGUCGACUUCUGUAUCUUCUCAAGUUCAGCUCCAGGAAACCAACAGUGGCGGAAGAGAAGGAGUUUCGAUGAAGCUUUUAGGGCCACCUCUACGCUCUCUGCUUCAAGAACCAGACAACUCCAUCCCGCCGCGAGAGGAACCAGAAAGCCCGAAGGGGAAGGAGAAGGAAUACUCCUUCGAAUCCCCGAAGAGAGACACAUCGUUAUCGUCAUCACCUUUGCGAUCCCCUAUCCACCCUGCGGAGAACACCACCGCUUCUGAAAACGCAGCUAAGUCGCCUGGGCGAAAUGGUGCAAUCGUUGCUAAACAUCUCAAGUCGCUGCUCGAGGACGGCGGAAGUCCAAUUGGCUACGAGGAGAGGUCGCUGGAGGUGCCGGCGGCGGCGAAUCGGAUGGCGGAAGCGGUGGGUGGUGGAAGAGGAAAGGUGUUUAGAGUGGAAUCCGGAGUUGUACGGAGGGCUAAAAUAUGGAGAGCCGAAGUUGUUCUUAGGGUUUUGGAAGUGGCUCUAUGUCUGGUCUCUAUCUCCGUGAUGGCCGCCGACAAGACUAGUGGGUGGGCCGGCGACUAUUUCGACCGUUACCAGGAAUACAGGUUUGUUUAUGGUUUGGGCAUUGGAGAAAUUAUUCUGUGA